GCGCUCCCUCCCUCACUCGCUCUCGGUACGCAGGCGGCGGCGGCGGCGGCGGUGGCGGCUCUCAGAUUCGGGCUCUCAGCGACGGCGUCAGCAGCUUCCACUCCCGCCUCUCGCCAGUUGCCUCGCGCCCUCGCCUCCGGUCCUCCGCACACCGCCGGUUACCCUUCGUGCGUGCCUCUCUCUCUCUCCUCCCGCCUCCGGUGGAUCGUCAACGGCGCCCAGCCCCGGCGGCUGCGCCGCGCGCGGCCUGAGGGCAGCGGGAGCCAGCAACCGCUGCCCCACCAAGGCGGUCGCGCCGCUUUGGGAGCGCAUAUGCCCCAAAGCGAAAGCAAAACGUUACCCGUUCGCUUAGCGCUUCAGCGUGCGCUUACCGCCGCUUGUUGAACCCUGCUCAUUCUCAAAGGUCUAUACAGUUUGCCCAGCAAUCAAUCUAGAGUACCUGUGUUCAACCAAACCCACCAGCAGCAGCAUGAAGAUGGCCCAAAAUCAACCUUUAUAACGGCUUAUAUGUUAGGAUCUAUGUUUUGGAGAAAUUUGCAAUUUCGCCACCUAGAGUGUUGCUCUCUUGCUAUUAUGCCAUGCCACCUGUGUCUAUGAUCUGUGGACCUGUCUGUCUAUGAUUUGUGGAUCCGAUGGCAAAUUAGCGAUGCCCAGCGUUUUGAGUGGAAAAAUUGCAAAUGCCUCUAUGUUUUGCUUUUCAUCUUGUUAUUUUUUUUCUUUUUUAUGACAGUAAAACACCUCAUCCCCAAAUGAAGCACAUAUUCAAGAUUGCUGCAAUACUGGUAGCAAUCUCUGCUAUCUGGAUUGCUCUCCUUGAAACCUCCACUGUUCCUCGAAGUUAUACUUGGCUGCUUCCCAUCUACUUGGUAGUGGCUCUUGGAUGCUAUGGCCUUUUUAUGGUUGGAUUUGGACUUAUGUUCUUCCCAACUUGUCCUCGAGAAGCUGUACUACUGCAACAGGAUAUUGUGGAGGCAAAGGAAUUCUUAGGAAAGAGGGGUGUUGAUGUGGGCUCUGAGUGAGAUCAAUUUUAAGUGGUUGACAUACAUGUCUGUUUUGAAGGAUCACCAUUCUGUUCCUUGGAAUAGGUUGCUUUUUUGGGUACUGUAGAUAGGAAACAUAUAAUUCCACUAUGUUCAGCUAUUACUAACACGGUUUUUGUGAGUUGGCAUGUUAUAGUUCUGCUUUUGUCAAUGAUGGGGCUCACAUUGACUUGCCGGUGUUUUUCAAGUUUUAAAGACUGAACUGUUCUAGGAAUAUUUGGUUUCUAUCUUGAUUUCCCGUC